AUGUUACAGGGAGUGAAGUUGGUGGAUCAUAUAUACGACGCGUUGGUGGUGGGUGCUGGGGGAGCGGGAUUGCGUGCGGCAGUAGCGUUGGGUGAGCAGGGUUUCAAGACGGCAUGUGUGACGAAGUUGUAUCCCACCCGUUCACACACCGUGGCAGCUCAGGGUGGUAUAAAUGCGGCGCUAGGUAACAUGGGAAAGGAUGAUUGGCGUUGGCAUGCGUAUGACACGGUGAAAGGAGCAGACUGGGUAGGUGACCAAGAUGCGAUUGAGUACAUGUGUCGUGAUGCGCCUCGUGCGGUGAUCGAGUUGGAGCGGAUGGGACUUCCUUUCAGUCGCACAGAACAAGGCAAGAUCUAUCAGCGUGCUUUUGGUGGUCAGAGUUUGGAAUUUGGCAAAGGUGGUCAGGCAUACCGCUGUGCGGCUGCGGCUGAUCGGACUGGACACGCUAUGCUGCAUACAUUGUUCGGACAGGCGUUGAAACACAAGUGUGAGUUCUUUGUUGAAUACUUCGCACUGGAUCUCAUUCUGGACGACCAUGGCGCCGUAACUGGCGUGGUUGCGGUCUGCUUGGAUGACGGCGCCCUACACGUUUUCCGCUCAAACAAUGUCGUGUUGGCCACUGGUGGAUACGGCCGGGCUUAUCAGUCUUGCACAUCCGCACAUACCUGUACUGGCGACGGACAUGGCCUCAUUGCACGUGCCGGUUUGCCGUUGCAGGACAGUGAGUUUGUACAAUUCCACCCCACCGGAAUUUACCCGGCUGGCUGCCUGAUUACGGAAGGCUGUCGUGGCGAAGGCGCUAUUUUGAGAAACGCUAGCGGCGAAGCCUUCAUGGAACGUUACGCGCCAAAUGCCAAAGAUCUGGCAAGCCGCGAUGUCGUCUCGCGCUCCAUGGCAGUCGAAAUUUUGGAAGGCCGGGGCUGCGGCCCCAAAAAAGACCACUUGUACCUAGAUCUGACUGGAUUACCGCGGGAGACCAUUAAGGAUAGACUGCCCGGGAUCACGGAGACUGCCGCUAUUUUCGCAGCCGUCGACGUAUUCAAACAACCUAUCCCCGUAGUACCGACCGUACACUACAACAUGGGUGGCAUCCCCACCAACUGGAAGGGACAAGUACUCACAACCGCCAAAGGCGCCCCAGCCACCAAUGAAGACCCCGAAACAUCUAACCUGAAUGUGGACCAACCGGUCCCUGGCCUUUACGCUGCCGGUGAAGCUGCGUGUGCUUCCGUCCAUGGCGCAAACAGACUCGGUGCCAAUUCUCUACUAGAUAUCGUAGUGUUCGGAAGACGCGCCGCACUCACCAUCGGCGAAAACAACAAACCUGGAGACCCAGUGCGACCCAUGCCACAACACAAGCUGGAUCGCUGUGUCGAACGUUACGAACGCAUUAGACAUGCCAAGGGAGAUAUACCUACGGCCGCACUCCGCGCACGAAUGCAAGUUGACAUGCAAAGACAUGCUGCUGUGUUCCGCAGGGAAGACGUACUCCAAGAAGGCGUUCGACUACUCAAAAGAGACGCCACCGACUUCAAACACAUCGGCAUCACCGACCACGGCCUCGCCUGGAACACUGAUCUCAUUGAGACAUUGGAGCUGGAAAAUUUGCUACACUGCGCGUCGCACACGAUGAACGCGGCAGCCAACAGACAGGAGUCCAGAGGAGCACAUGCGCGUGACGACUAUCCAGAGAGAGACGACAAGAAGUGGAUGAAACAUACACUGUCGUUCGCCACUGAUUACGACAUUCACGAGGCGGAUAUUCGCCUAACAUAUCGAAACGUCAUUAGUCAGCCGCUCGAUUCAGAGAUGAAGCACGUGCCCCCUGCUAAACGUGUGUAUUAG